AUGGAGAAGUUCAAGUGGGAUUGUGAGACGUUAAAGGGGAAAUGGGAUACUGCAAAUUUAAGCUUUGAGAAAGAUCUUACAUUUGGAUUUUCAUGGCCUCAAAGGAACUACCAUUGCAGCUUUUGCAAGAAAGAAUUCAAAUCUGCACAGGCUCUUGGGGGUCAUAUGAAUGUUCACAGAAGAGAUAGAGCUCGAAUGAGAUUGUCUCCUUCAUGGGAAUAUCCAAACUCAAACCCUAACCCUAGUUUUUCUUCAACAUCAUCUGCAACUAGGUUUUCACCUUAUAAUGUGAAAAGUAAUACCUCUCUUUCUGCUUUUUCUUCAUCAGCAGCUCCAUCCACUGAUCAGCAUUUGCAACGAGACGAUGUUGCGAGUCUUCUGGAAGGGAAUGUGGACAAGAAUCUGAAGAAAGGAGCCUUGCUUCGGGUCAACGAUCUAACUGUAUUUGCAAGAAGCAAUGAUCCUGGGAUUUGGAAGGCAAAAGAGUUGGUUAAGCUGGAUUUGAACAGGGGUUUAGUCCAACAUGCAAAGGAGGAUUUGGACUUGGAGCUUAGGCUUGGUUACUCUAAUUAG